CGCCAUUGUUGCUCCUUAUAUUGCCAAACAACCUGUAACCAACAGCCAAGAACGAAACAGAGGGGUGCAGAAGGAGAUGGGAGUUUUUGGAGCCGAUGCGAUGAGCGUCGUGAUGAGGCCGCUCUUGCACCUGAUGGUGGGGAUGGUGCUGUACGGGGUCGCCGAGGAGAUGACCGUGCCGGCGCUCGUCGACAAGGUCACCGCCGCGCUCUGCCCCACCGACGGCAGGUCGUGCCCGGAGGCCAUCUACCUUACCGGCCUCCAGUCCUCGGUUGGAGGGAUUUUCAAGACGAUAGGAUUCACUCUGAUGGGCCAGCUGGCUGAUGAAUAUGGUCGGAAGCCUCUCCUCCUUCUCACUGCCUCCACUUCCAUCAUCCCUUUCGCUGUGCUUGCAUGGAACAAUUCAAGGACUGCAGUGUAUGUCUAUCUAAUUCUGCGUACUUUCUCCUUCAUGAUCGGUCAAGGAACCAUAUUCUGCCUCUCAAUUGCAUACACGGCAGAUACGAUUGAACCGUCAAAGAGGGCAGCUGCAUUUGGCUUCAUGACUGGGAUUUUCUCUGCCUCACACACUUUGGGGAGUGUCCUUUCAAGGUUUCUGCCUGAGAAGUUGAUUUUUCAGGUCUCAGUUGUCUUGUUGAUCUGUUCUAUCCUCUACAUGAAAAUAUAUCUGGUCGAGACAGUUCAAAGAGCUCCUUCUGCACCUUGCCAGCAUUUGCCAUUGUCAUCUUUGCUUAUCAAGUUACCACAACAACGUUGGCAAUCUAUCAAGGAGAAUAUUAGCAUAGUCAAAAACAGUGAAACACUUAGGCGAAUCUCAUAUGUUGCCUUCUUCUAUAAAUUGGGCAUGAUUGGCAUUAGCGAUGUCCUAAUGUAUUACCUGAAGUCAGUAUUCGGCUUUGACAAGGAUCAGUUCUCAGAAAUUCUAAUGGUGGUAGGCGUUGGUUCAAUCUUUUCUCAGAUUUUGGUCCUCCCCAUUAUUAGCCACAUAAUUGGCGAAAAAGGAGUCUUAUGUAUUUCAAUACUCGCCUCCAUUGCUUAUGCUUUGCUUUACGGUGUUGCUUGGGCUUCGUGGGUUCCUUAUUUUAGCUCUUCAUUCGGUGUCAUCUAUGUGCUGGCCAAACCAGCUAUAUACGCAAUCAUUUCUGGGGAAGUACUGUCAGCUGACCAGGGAAAGGCCCAAGGUUUCAUUGCAACCGUGCAGUCCGUAUCUCUAUUGUUAGCACCUCUAUUUAUGAGCCCAUUGACCUCUUACUUCAUUUCACAGGAAGCCCCCUUCAAUUGCAAGGGUUUCAGUUUCCUUGUGGCUAGUUUCUUCUUGGCAAUGUCCUUAUACUUCGCUUGGACGCUUAAUCCGGAAAGCAAGGACAAGCACACCAAAGUUGAAGUUUCAGACAAACCUGAUGAGGAAGCAUUGCAAGCACCGCUAUUGGCUCAACGGCCUAAACCAUGAGUCCAUGAAAUUGAAUAAAACCAUUCAAGCAGAUGGAAAUCAAAGUUCUUGUAUUUGCACCAUCGGCUAAUUAUUACCGUCAACUCGACAUAGUGCCCAUAUGACAGUAUCUGUACAUACACCAGAAGGCAACUGAAAACCUGUAGUGAGUCACUGGUGCAAAGCUGUGUUCCGGCACACAAAUUUAGCUCUAAAUCAGUACUGCCAAGUGAAAUGUGCGUUGAUUGUAGUAUGGCAGUCUGUGAAAAUGUGUUUAUAGGAUGUUUGUAUACAUAUAGAUGACGGUGGUGAAUGUUGAAAUAGAAACGGUGUAGACAAGAGGGAAGUCUAUCCGUAGAUUUGAUUGAAUGAUCAUUUGCCGUAUUCUGUUAUCACGGUUGUAAAUCUUUCCAUGUACAUGCAUGUCAUUGUUGUAUAAAUAGAUGACAAGCCUGUUGGGGUUUCUUGCGGCAAAUACCUUCUCAAA